AUGCACGCCCAGCCGAGCAGCGAAGUGGGCAUUGGCAUGGCGUUGCACUUCAUUGGGGAACGUUCCUUGUGGAGUAGCGAGACGAAAAAGCCCUUCGUUCCCCGCCGUAAUGACUCCCCUUUUUUCACCAGGAUAAAGGGACGACGUGGCCAUCGCCAUUUUCCGUUGCAUCCUAUGACUUUUGCAGCUCUGGCUGUUGUCGCAACGGCUUACUUACUGCUGCGUUGCUCCGUGCAGUUCGGGGACUCAAAGAAGCCUAAGGGCAUAACGCGGUUACUUUCUGCUGCUGAAGAUGAGGGGAGAGACCCUGCGGGGCCCUGUGCUCCCGCAGGGGUCGAAGAGCGCGCACUUAUUGCAGUAGGAGGCGAACUUCUUGGCGAAGAACAAGUGCUUGACCGCGCCAAACGUUACGCAUCGGGCUUGGCAAAGGUUGUGCAAGAGAGCAGAAGUGCGUUUCUUCAGCUGCCUACGCCCCUGUCUGUGAAGGGCUUCACGAACAUGUUGCGUUUGAGCGUUUUGGAGAUGGCUGCGCUGUGUUCAUUGCUGGAACCGAUAAGGAGGCAGUCUCUAUUGCAGGCAGUGGACAGCAUCAAAUCGGAACUGAUUUUGUUUCGUUCCCUCUUAGCAAGCAAGAGGAAAGUCCGCGCCAGUGUGCGCCACAUCGACUGCCUGCAUGAAUUCCUACAGGAGUUGCCGAAAAUGGACUUUGAGGGGACCUCCAUGUCUCCUGCCGACCGUCUGUUGAAGCUUGCCCAGCUGGUUUCGUUGCAGCAGGCAGCACUGGCACAGGUGCAGCACUGUGUGCGUCUGCUGGCAGUUUGUUGCCGAAAAAGGACGGGGUCACCCCCAGAAGACACUGCUGUGGAGUAUGUGGGUGCGUUGCACACGACAAGCGAACUGCGCAGGAGACAUGUAUUUCAAGAUAUUUUGCUCAGCAGGUGGCUACGCCAAAAACACAGUGAAGGCUCGCACUUCGGGCUGGCUGCGCCUAGAGUAAUUCAAACGAUUACGGAAACUCCUCAAAAGCCCCACGACGAGCUUCUAAAGGAGCUCCUCAAUACGCCUUUGGGCCUACGGUAUCAGCAGAAGAGUUCUGGUGCACUUGAGCAAGCUGGUAUCGAAGCGGGCGCGCAGGGGCUGGGGACUCCUCUGGCAACGGAAGCUCGUGCUGGACAAUCGGAGACCCCAAGCCCGCCAAAGAGCUUGGGCUCUCCUGAAGGAUUUGCGGAGCCUGGUCAACCUGCAGAGGCUGUCAGCUCCGUGAGUUUUGGCACAUCGGCAAGGACCGCUGAGCGUCCCUGGCCGUCUGAAUCCCCACUGCCUCAAGUGACCCGCCAACUGGAAACCCAUCGCACAGCUCUCACCAAUGCAUCAGCAGAACCUCCAGCGUCCUCAACUUCUACUUGGGCAAUUGGCGACGCUGGGGAAGCCACCAUGGGGCCAAUGCCACAAGCGCAACCACCGAACGUCCCUCAUACCUGGGUAGGCGGUGCAUCAGAAGAGCAGACCGGCUUGCAGGCAAUAGAUGAGACUCGGCCAGCCGACCUAGCAAAUCAGGGCCGUCCGGGUAACCAUGCACCCGGGCCUCCGGGUAACCAUGCACCCGGGCCUCCUGUCCUGCUGCCCAUGUUUCCAAGCGUGCCAGGUGGCGCUUUUCCGCAGAUGCAAUCUAGCGCUCAGCAGUAUUCUUCCGGCGAAAGCCCGUUUGACGUUUCUCGUGCUUUCGACAUAUGGAGUUUCGACGACCCAUCAACCGGACAAGCAGCCAUGCAAUAUUUGCUUGGGGGUCUUGGUAUGCCUGUGGAUCUCCCUGUAGCAAGCUCAAGCUGGAGGCUGCCUGCUCCGCAGUCGGGUGUUUCUUCACAAGGGCACCGGGGUUCCGAAAGGCCAUGGCCACCAUUCAGAGGGGUGGCUGUAGGAGAGCCAGUAGAAGAGAUGAAUGAUGAGUACUCAGCACCAGCAGCGCACGUAGCAGUAACUCUCUUCUCGUCAACUUCUGUAGAUUUAAGUGGAGGCCUACACCAACCCAACGCGGCGAGCCGCUAG